AUUUUUCUUCACCAAUUUUGAGAAAAUGACUAUUUAGAAGUAUUAUUCAUAUCUCAGAGUGAGUCUCAAAUCAUGAGACCUGUGGUAUGACACUUUUACCACAUAGGAUUUUGUGAUGACAUCUGGCCAUUUUUAAUUGGUAUUUGAUGCCAAUUCUGUGUUCUGGAUAGUGGAAGUGAGGUAUAUAGAAAGGGCUGUUCAAAAACAAGAAAAGAUUUUCAAUGAUAAGCAUGCUGGCUGGAAAUGGCUCUUCUGUGACAGAAUUUGUCCUUGCUGGUUUGACAGAUCGUCCAGAGCUCCAGCUGCCUCUCUUUUACCUGUUUCUAAUAAUCUACAUAAUCACAGUGGUGGGAAACUUGGGCUUGAUCAUCCUGAUUGGCCUCAAUCCUCACCUGCACACCCCCAUGUACUAUUUCCUCUUCAACCUCUCCUUCAUUGAUCUCUGUUACUCUUCUGUCUUCAGCCCCAAAAUGCUGAUUAACUUUGUCUCUGAGAAGAAUUCCAUCUCCUAUGCGGGGUGCAUGACUCAACUGUUUCUCUUUCUCUUUUUUGUCAUCUCUGAAUGCUACAUGUUGACCUCAAUGGCCUAUGAUCGCUAUGUGGCCAUCUGUAAUCCACUAUUGUAUAAGGUCACCAUGUCCCCUCAGAUCUGUUCUGUGAUAUCUUUUGCUGCGUAUGGGAUGGGAUUUGCUGGAUCCUCUGCCCACACAGGCUGUAUGCUCAGACUGACCUUCUGCAAUGUCAAUGUCAUCAACCAUUACUUAUGUGACAUUCUUCCUCUCCUUCAACUUUCCUGCACCAGUACCUAUGUCAAUGAGGUUGUGGUUCUCAUAGUUGUGGGUAUUAACAUCACAGUUCCAAGCUUCACCAUCCUCAUUUCCUAUGUUUUCAUCCUUGCCAACAUUCUAAACAUCAAAUCCACACAAGGAAGAGCAAAAGCCUUCAGCACCUGUAGCUCUCACAUCAUGGCAAUUUCUCUUUUCUUUGGAUCAGCUGCAUUUAUGUAUCUUAAAUAUUCUUCUGGAUCUAUGGAACAAGGAAAGAUAUCUUCAGUUUUCUACACUAAUGUUGGUCCCAUGCUCAACCCUCUGAUUUACAGUUUGAGGAAUAAGGAUGUCAAGGUGGCAUUAAGGAAAUCAUUGAUUAAGUUCAGAGAAAAGACAGAUUUUAAUUAG